CCUCGGGGUGUCACAGCGCUCCUUUCCGUUUGCUUCCAGAAAGAGUAUAAAAGAGAGAGCCAGGCUCCGCUUGAGGGAGUUCGAUGUUGGGGACAAAUUCUCCCGCCUGCCGCUGCCCAAAGCCUCAGUCCUCCUGCCGCUGAUGGUGAGGGCGGGGCAGCUGCACUUGCUUAGUACUCUCUUAUUCUAGCUGAGAAGAUCACCAGGGGAAGUGUGUUUUCCAGGAGGUAAAAGUGAAGCAAUUGAUAAGGAUGAAAUUGAUACUGCCCUCCGAGAAGCUAAAGAAGAAGUGGGACUCCAGCCAGAGAAGGUGGAAGUCAUCUGUAGGCUUGUACCUGGAAUUGAUAAAAUGAAUCACUUGGUAACACCAGUUGUAGGAUUUAUAGAGGAUACAUUCCAAGCCAUUCCUAAUCCAGAUGAAGUGAGCGAUGUUUUUGUCGUGCCAUUGGAAUACUUUGUCAAGCCCUUAAAUUACAAGACCUUGCCUUAUAAAACCUCAUCUGGUUACUUAAGUCGGAUGCACUGCUUUAUAUAUGAUGACGAUGAACAUAAAAUGUCAUUCAAGAUAUGGGGACUUACUGCACACUUUGCUGUAUUUCUUGCUCUUGUAAUUUUUGGAAAGAGACCUACCUUUGAAGUUGAUUAUGAUCUUGACAACUUAAUUUCAUCCUCUGAGAAUAACUUCAUGAAUUUAUAUGCAUCCUUAUAUGAAAGAAAGAAGAGUAAUCUAUGACAAACUGAUCUGGCGAUUAAUUUAUAUUAAAGGAGGAAAAAGAGUUUUGUUUAUUGCUUUUGUACCUAUUGUUUGAUUGAAUUUCACACAUGAAUUUCUUCUGAAUU